CACUCACUCUCGCGAGAUCACACCAUUAGCAAACAUGGCGGCUGCGAUGGAUGUAGACACCCCGAGUGGAACUAACAGUGGAGCCAGUAAAAAGCGUUUUGAAGUGAAAAAGUGGAAUGCUGUGGCUCUGUGGGCUUGGGACAUUGUGGUGGACAACUGUGCCAUCUGCAGAAAUCACAUAAUGGACCUCUGUAUAGAGUGUCAGGCCAAUCAGGCGUCGGCUACAUCAGAGGAGUGUACAGUGGCCUGGGGAGUCUGUAAUCAUGCGUUUCAUUUCCACUGCAUCUCUCGCUGGCUGAAGACCAGACAGGUGUGUCCUCUGGACAAUAGAGAGUGGGAGUUCCAGAAGUAUGGCCAUUAGCAGCCCAGUGUCUGUGCUUCAGAUCCAGGAUUUUCCUUCCUGAGAAGCAUUUUUGUUUAGACGUCACCAUUCUCUCCCUGUCAAAGACCAAAUGGUCCACAUUUAAAUUGUUAUACUAGUUAGGAUGUUUUUUAUUUCUGUGUUGUAUGCAGCAUUCUAAACUGUAAAUUAUCAAUAAAGUCUCUCUAAAUUCA